UUCCGUCAGCGACGGUGGACGUAUCGGUCGGUGUCCCUUUUAACUGCGGUGAAGUGACUAUUUGUGAACUUGCCACUACUAAGUGUUCUCAGUGCAUUUGGAACUAAUUUCCCGCCUAUUCCAGCAAAUUUCGAGGUUUUAAAGUUCCUGCAACGCCGUCCAUCGCGGCAUAAAUAUACACAAAUCGAAAUGAGUUUAUGAGAGCGACGCGACCCGGGACGUCGCCUGGUUCGUGAUGGGGCACACGAGAUAUGUGGCCUGUGCUAUACUCCUGCUCUGUCCGUGGGCACUGAGUCGGCACGAUGAUGACUUCGCGUUUGAUAACAAUGAGGAGUUCCAGGUGGAGCUGACAGCAAAUCAUUCAGAAAUAGCAAAAAAUGGCCUAAAAAGGUUAUGGGGUGUUCCCGACACAUCGGCCUAUGUGGGACACCUAUUCAGGAUGGAAAUCCCUAAAGAAGCGUUUUCCGGAGAAGUUUUAGCGUAUAAGGUUCGAAGUGAAGGCGGUCGUCGGUUACCCAGCUGGCUGGCCGUGGACACGAAGCACGGCCUGAUCAGCGGGGUGCCGCAGAAGCAGGACGUCGGCUCGCACGCGUUCACCGUCACCGCGCACGGACGGACGCACGGGCUAACCGCUACCGAUACGUUUACUGUUGAAGUAAAGAAGGCAGAAGAGAAGCCGCAGUCAAAGUACGGCACAUGUAUCCACAACGAAAAUAGACUAGUGUUAGUUAUACUGAUCGACGCGGCCUUCCACAAGAUACUGCCGAGGCACAGGAUACGCGCGCUCAUGGAACUGGCCAGCUUCAUGGCGCUUGAUGGGGACGAAUUCUGGAUGGAGCCAUACAAGUCUGAGCACUCGCACGGCCACUCGGUGCUACUGAGCGGGCCCGGCACGACCAAACGCAGGCACAGUGAAGCUACUACUGCGAUUUUCUUGAAUGUGGGUUGUGGCGAAAAACUAUGGAGUAGGCACAAAGUGUUAGUAGCUGGUCUUCGAGAGCAAUCUCGAGAUGGUACUUUGCAUCAGCUCUUGCAAUUGCCAGUACUGGGCUGGAGACUGUUAGGUAUCAAACCAACGUACAGGCUUAAGAGACAGUCGCCCCUCGAAGGCUCUGGGGACUACGACAACUACGACGGUGAAGAUGAUCCAGCGGAGUACAGCGGGUAUGAUGAUGAUGAUGAUGACUUUGACAACAUUGAUCUAGGACCUGUACCUGACUUGGAUCACAAAGUGAAAAUCACUCCAUAUUCGGAGACUGCUUCAGAAGCAAGCAGCGUUAGCUUCUCGAAGGAACCAGCUCCCGUUAAUAGAAACCUUGAUGAACAUUCACCAAUAGUUAUCGUCCCAGAAGAUAUUACAACGUCAACUGAACCCGAAUUGCAAACAGUAAUAAUCCGCGCAUCCAACGAACUACCACCGGUGUCCUCCUCCGAACCCCCCACGUCGCCAGCAACCACGGAAAUAGAGACGCCGGCAACGACGUCCACGUCAACAACGUCGACGACAUCAACGACGUCAACAACGUCAACGACGUCGACGACGACGACGACGACGACAACGCAAGCGCCGACCACGUUGCCAACGGUCACUUUGACCACGCCCACUACGGUUCCGACAACACUGGAAACGGUCACGGAAGAGGUCACGCAACAGGAGAGCAUAACAUCAUCGGAGAGGACGAGCACAAUAGUAGGCAGGACUACGGAGACGGUGACGUUCGCGAUGCCGAUCAACCAGCCGCCAACACUCAAGCAUCAUAUGAAGAAACUUGCUAUCACCGCUGGAAAGGCAUUUAGAUACAUCAUCCCCGCCGACCUAUUCACGGAUCCGGAAGAAGGCAGCAAUCUUACAUUUACUAUGUAUGAAGCUGAAAAUGUGCCACUAAGCAAGAACUCGUGGAUACAGUUUAUCCCGUCAGAGAGGGAGGUUUAUGGCCUGCCACUCGAAGCGCACGUGUCCCGCUGGAACUUCAUAGUGGAAGCGCAAGACAGCGAAGGUCUCGUAGCUAGAGGGCCCCUUGACAUCACAGUACAACAACACAAGAGUGCCAGAACAAUCAACCACCAAUUCACUAUGGAAUUUAAACUAAUGAAACAGUACACGAAUACGAUAGAUUGGCAAAUACGAGCUCUGGAAGGGAUAGUUAAUCUCUUCAGGGACACGGAUAUGGAUCACUUGACAGUGCUUAACGCGACGGUUAAUGGCGAUAUGUGCGAGUUUGUGUGGACUAAUGAUACGCUGCCGAAAGAUCCAGCGUGUCCCAUGGAUGAUAUACAUCGGUUGAUGAAGAUAAUGGAAUCGGACACAGAAGCGGGCAGCCCGUCGGCCGGGCUCUCCCGGGCCAUGUCCCCCGAGCUCAAAGUGUCAAGUGUGCGUUGUCGCGGGCUGGGCCGCUGCGCCGCGCCCCCCGCGCCGCCCGCGCCCCCCUCCCCGCCCGACACCUACCCGCCCGUCACGCGCAACCAGGUCGACCAUCUCACCGCCACUGUGGGACACCUGCUCGUGUACAAGGUGCCCGAGGAUACAUUCUUCGACCCAGAAGACGGUGGUACCCGCAACCUACACCUCUCGCUGCGAUUCAGCGACCGCUCUGAACUACAAACAUCACACUGGCUACAAUUCGACGCUAACAACCAGGAGUUCUAUGGUCUGCCGUCCAGUAAUGAUGAAGGCAGUGUGCAUUACCAACUGAUCGCUGAAGACUCAAGCAAAAAGAGCGCAUACGACAGUCUCAUAGUGGAAGUAGCGAAAGCCCCAACCAUCCGACCCACAGUCGAGUUCCAAAUGACAAUGGACCCAUCUCCCAAUCUCAUGCAAACUGCGGCCAAUAAGCGCAAGAUUGUUGAGAAAUUAGCUGCUUUGUUCGACCAGAAGGAGACGGAUAAUAUCAGGAUACAGAGCAUUAGUGAUAACCCGCCGACUAUUAUAUGGUACAACACAAGUCUACCAAUGGACAGAUGUCCGAAACGAGAGAUCGAAGAACUACGCAACAUGAUUAUCGUCGACGAGAGGGGAACUAUGGGGGGCAACCUUAAGGAAAAAGUCGACCAGAUCUUCGACAAAGACCUAAAAGUGAUGUCCAUACGACUAAUACCGCUUGGUUUAUGUGCGGAACAAAACACAAAGACACCAAAAGCAAUGGUGCCGCCACAUUCGAGUGGUGCGGUGAAUAACAAGACACCAAACGCUAGUCCGGAGUACUCGGACUAUUUGGUGACGUUCGUUAUACCGGCCGUAGUGAUUGUUUGCAUGAUUCUGCUGGCCGGGAUCAUUGCGUGCGUGCUGUAUCGACGACGACGUACUGGUAAAAUGAGCGUCGGCGACGAGGAAGAGCGCCAAGCGUUCCGUUCGAAGGGUAUACCAGUUAUCUUCCAAGAUGAGUUAGAAGAGAGGACUGAUACGGAGCCGGUGGAUAAGAGCCCGGUGAUCAUGCGCGAAGAAAAGCCCCCCCUCCUACCCCCCGCGCCCGACUAUAGAUCGGGGGAAGACGCCCCCUACCGCCCCCCGCCCCCCUUCGCCGCCUCCCGCACACCCCCCCGACCCAAAGCCACCCCCACAUACAGGAAACCCCCGCCAUACGUCCCCCCAUAAAACUACCCCCCCUCCUCCCAAACUAGCUCGUAACACCCGUCCCGACGCGACGGGUCGACAAAUUAUUUCAUAAAAUAUUUUUUUGUAAGAAAACUAGUCGAUUAACUGAUUAAAAAACAUUUGCAGCUCGAUCGUUUCACUAUUUAUUAUCUCGGCGAAAGCAUUUACGAUUUUACGGUAUCGAUUGAAUCGCAUUUAUUUUCAAAUUUUAGAUAGACCGUCGAAUGACCUCAUGGACGUAAAGGAAUUGUGCACAAUUUUAUGUGACUACGAAUUUCUUAUAUUAAGUAAUGUCACAAUUUGUGAGUAGUUGAUAUAUUGUGUAAGGUGUUUACGGCGUUGAGAAUGUAUCAAUUAUGUGUAAAAAUUGAAGACUUCACGUAUAAAUUAGUGGGUUGUUAUAGGUGGCGUUUAUAGUCUCUAGAUAUUGUACUAACACGAAAUUUUAUUAUGGCGAUACGCUUCUUAAUCUAUUCGCCUUUUAAUACGACGUUGGCUGAAUGUGCCAUUGUGUGCAAACUUGUUUUAAAAGUAAUUUAAAUAAAACAUAUCGAAAAUGUAACGUUUUAGCCAUUAGCAUAGUUCUUCCAACACUGAAUAGAUAAUGUGUGUACGUGCAAAUAGUUAUAGAAGAAUGUAUCGGAACGUGUUCGUAUGGACACUUUGAGAUAAAUGACGUCAGCGCUUCUAGACAUAAUUUAUUCAAUAAUUAUUUGAAUUUUUAAACAAAUGCAUCGAUUUUGUAUAGCGUAUGUUGAAUGCAUGAUUAUCUGGCAUGUGGUUUGUAACGAGUCGUGAAUUAUACAACUGACCCUAGUUUUAGGUUACGAAUAUAUAUUUUUAAGAAUGAAAAUAUCAUUUUGUACUUGUCUAAUUACCAUAGAAGUAAGAUUAACAAAUGUAACUAUAUGAAAUGAGCUAUAAAAUAACUUUUUUCUUUGGAUGUAUUUUUUUCGACCGUAUACUCAUUUAGGAUUUUUGCAUUUAUAGAUCUUUUUAGUAUUAUACAAUUUUAUAGGACAGCUAUUCUAUUCUUCAUUUUAUUUUUUAUUAAUAUAUUAUGUUAUUAAACUGUAGUUGUACUUAAUUGAUGUCCACAAAGAAGCCGUACCAUUUUGAUUAUUUCAUAGACUUGUGUAUGACAGCUAUUUUAUUUAAUUAUUCACUUUUAAUGAACGCACAUAAUUUGUCAUUAAUGAGUUUUUUUCUAAUUUAAUAAAAUGGUCUAGUGA